CUUCAGUUGCCUCAGUCUCCAGACAGGAGGAGCUAACCGCCGACCUGCUAACCAACAGUCCAUCAAACAUGUCCAACCGGUCGGGCUCGAAGACCCUCUGGUCCAGGUUAUAGUGGUCAUCACUCCCAGUCCGACCCUGACAGUGAGGAUGGAGACGAUACUUCCAUGACCUCCUUUGGUGUUGCCGUCCGAGGCCUACCUCUGGCCUUGGCAUCCAUGUCCCAAGCUGCUACCUCAGAUUCGCGCUUCCACCCUAAAUGGCGGGCGAUCACCGUGGCGACCCUGCUGGCUUUAGUGCUCAUGUUAUACCUCCACCGGACAGUGGGGGACAGAGACACUGUCACCAGACGUUACUACCGCAACAGGGUUCACAGUUUGCAGUUGCACAGGGAAGGUGAGGAUGACAUCUUCAGGGACACUAACAGACAAACUGCACAAAGCAUUUCCCAGCACCACCAGAGACGUGAAAUACCUUACAAUGACACAUACCCAUUAACACGACCGGAGAAGACAAGGCACGGUGUUCGCUACCGCAUUGGUGUGGUCGCAGAUCUGGACACAGCGUCUCGUAGCUCUAAGGAUCAGACGUGGUUCAGCUACAUGAAAAAAGGGUACCUGACUGUGUCCGACAGCGCUGACAGAGUGGAGGUGGAGUGGGAUACUGAGACCGUCACACUGGAGAGUCAUCUGUCUGAGAAAGGACGAGGUAUGGAGCUGUCUGAGCUGGUGGCGUUCAACGGUCACCUGUACACUGUGGACGACCGCACAGGGGUGGUGUACAGGUUAGAGGGCAACCAGGCUGUCCCCUGGGUUAUAUUGCCUGACGGGGACGGCUCAGUCUCCAAAGGAUUCAAGGCAGAGUGGCUGGCAGUGAAAGAUGAGCAUCUGUACGUCGGUGGUCUGGGGAAAGAGUGGACCACGACCUCUGGAGAAGUCGUCAACAACCACCCAGAGUGGGUAAAGGUCGUCGGCUACCAUGGUGACGUGCAGCAUCAGAACUGGGUGCCGAACUACAACGCCCUGCGAAACGCAACCGGGAUUCAACCACCAGGCUACCUUAUCCAUGAGUCGGCAGCAUGGAGCGAGCGUCUCCAGCGCUGGUUCUUCCUCCCUCGCCGUGCCAGUCACGAGCGCUACGAGGAGAAUGCAGACGAACGGUGUGCCACCAACCUCCUCCUGUCCUGCCCCGCAGACUUCAGCUACAUCACGGUGCGGCGUGUAGGACCGCUCAACCCAACCCACGGCUUCUCCUCAUUUAAAUUUGUCCCAGACACAGACGAUCAGAUAAUUCUGGCCCUGAAAUCAGAGGAGGACGCAGGCAGGAUUGCCACAUAUAUCAUUGCAUUUACGCUAGACGGUAGGGUGCUGAUGCCUGAGACAAAGAUAGAGGAUGUGAAGUAUGAAGGGCUGGAGUUUAUCUGAGGAUAACUCUGAAAAUACACAUGUUCCUGGAGGCUCUAUCUGCAGGGGUCCUCUACAGUUUAGACUGUAUUUGUACAACACUGUUGUUUAAGUCCUUAGUGUUACAUUCCCCUCUCAGUUCUACUGUGCAAUAAUCUUGUAUGACCCAAAACUAUAUAUUUUGUAAUUCUAUUGUUUGAUAAUUGAGCGGAGCAAAAGAAAACGGCAGGAGAAAUCUGCACCACCACCAAGGCUAUGAGGUAUCGCCAACAACUGACCAGUUUGUAUGGAAAUGGUUUAGGUGGCCCAUCUGUGACUGACUACAUACACCUGUCACGAAGAAAUGGUCACUAGCAGGUCACCACCCAAUAAGAAUUUUAAUGCUUUUAUAAUUAGACACUACUGAUAUUCCAGAGACGCCGGGGUUAAAAAAAUAUUUAUAUAUAAGUGGCAGUUAUUUUAUCAAACACCAGGGGCCAGAUGCAUUAAACUCUGUAGAUUUACAACUAAAACUGUGUGUAUACACAAAGGCAGAAAUAUGCAUAUGCAUUCUUUUCAUCAGAUUUUUAAAGCCUUAGCUUUAGUCUGUUUCAUAAAUCUCAAUCAUUGUGGCGCUAGUCGCACAAGCACAAGCCUCAUUCCCACAACCAUAAUUUGGAUGUAGAAAUGCACAUUUGUGUAUUGAUACUUGUGCUCUUUCACCAUUUAUAAGACCAGUUCAUUAAAAAUACGAUAAAGAAAGUGCAAUUUCACAAACUGUUUUGCAUUGGCGGGGCUCUCAAACCAAUUAGCUGUCACAGCACAUGUCUGUUGAUAUUUGUAUCAUCUUUAUUGCCAAUUGGUAAAAUCAUUCUCAUCAUCAGACAUCAGGUGGACAAUCAGUGCUUCCUUCACAGCGGCGCUCAUGCUGAAACUGACUUUACAAAGUGCUUCACGGGCUAAAAUUAAACAAUCAUUAACAGGGAUAUUAUUGUAAAUAAAAUAAUGAUGAAAUUCAUCACUCAAAUAACAUCAAAUUAUAUUUAUAAAUGUGCCUUUGAUUGACAUUUUAUCGAGAGGUGUUAUGACCGCAUAAGUAAUAAUCAGUGGUUUUGAUUAACGACCUAAAAAAAACACAAUCUGUCUCUAAUGUUUAAUCUCAUCUUUAUCAUUUCACGUGCUACCAUCUCAGCUAAAACCGUUUGUCCGCCUGGUCUGAAGACUGUGCGGCGCUCUUACUGUCAUCGCAUAUUCCUUCUUUAAAAAUACCAGUUAGUGUGUAGGAAAAGCUAAACGCAUGGUUUUUUGUGUACAUGGUUUAUGCAUCUCGCCCCAGGUAAUGUGGAUCUUUUCUCCUGCUGCCAAACUCUGCUGGUCAGACACUCAGGGGAACAAACCGGAUAACAUAUUUUAAAGAAAAGAAACGAAUGUUCUUAAAUUACUUGAAAUAUUAAAUUAACUCAUUGCUUUGUGUUUUUUCUUCCUGUUUAGACACACUGAAGUCUGUUACUACAAUUCUGUUGAUGUUACAGGUGGAGUUAUUUGAUGCAUUUCUACUUCUGAUUCAUAAACUACAUGUGAUACGUUUUUUUCUGAACAGUCCACAAAUGGUUCUCAGACAUUAAUAAACUGAAUAUUAUUAGCUUCUAA